UAGUAUGCCUACGUUAUUUAGCAUCUGGAGACAGUAUGGCUUCAAUAGCUUAUUCCUUUCGGAUUGGAAUAAACACUGUCUCAAAAAUUAUUUCUGAGACAUGCGAGGAAUUGUGGAAUACUCUUCACGAAUCAGUUUUUCUUGAAAUAAACAAAGAGAAUUGGUUGAGAAUUGCGGAUGAUUUUGCGACGAAGUGGGAUUUUCCGCACUGCAUAGGUGCGAUAGAUGGAAAACAUGUACAAAUUCAAUCACCUCCUCACAGCGGCUCAACUUUUUAUGAUUACAAGGGUAAUCAUAGCAUUAAUUUACUAGCAGUUUGUGAUACCACUUACUGUUUCACAUUACUUGACAUUGGUGCGGAAGGGAGACAGAGCGACGGCGGGAUUUUUGCAAAUUCAAACUUCGGCCAACGAUUCGAAAAAAAUCAAAUGAAUUUACCAGAACCGAGACCAAUUGAAGCUUCUGGAUCAGCAUUACCAUUUGUGUUAGUAGCGGAUGAGGCAUUUGCUUUGACUCAUUAUAUGAUGCGACCAUAUCCACGAAGCGGACGUUUAAACCGUCAAAGGAAGGUAUAA